AGCAGUUUUACAAAAUAACUUUAAAGACAUAAGCUGCAAAAAAAUGCGCCUAACAAAUGUCCUGUUUAAGAAAGUAAAGAGCAAACGCAUCAUGGUUGUGCUGGAAAGCGUGGUCAGCGGCCAUAAAUUUAAUGCAUUUCGUGAGCGAUUAGCGGAAAAACUGGAAGUAAUACGCUUUGAUCCAUAUAUACAACAGGAUAGCUUAUACCGCGAACGCAAGAGAAUUCGCAGCGCUUAAGGAAAACGAGAGAAACAACAACCAUUCAGCUAUAAUCGUUUCCCUCUUGUGGCCCUUUCCUAUGCUGUAGUCUAUGUCAAAUAAAUCUUAUGUAUGCUGCUUAUAAGCUAAAUGAAA